CCAUGCGACCCUCUUCGUCUAAGUCGUCUUCUUCUUACUCCCUAACGUCAACGAGUUUGAGCAAUAGACUCCUAACAAUCUUUAGGAAAGCAGAACAACUCUCUGUCUUGUGUCAAAUUGAUGUGUGCGUUAUCUACUACGGACCUGAAGGAGACCUAAAAACGUUUCCAAACGAGAAAGAGAAGGUGAGAAACAUGGCUAUGAGGUACAGUCGGCUAAACGAAUCCUUGAGAAGCAAAAAACGCACACAUCUUUCUGAGUUCCUUGAGGAGAAUCCGAACAAGAGGAUGAAGACGAGUCCGAGUCCGGAGAAGAAGAAUGUGGAUGUAUUGAAGUAUCCAAUCUCUGAUCACUACUCUCCCGACCAAAUCUCCCAAUUGAUUCAGUCCUUGGAACUCAAUCUCUCUACGUCCCAACAAAGGCUUCGAUUUCUUCUUGAGUCGCACGACAAACGCAAACUACUCGACCAUCAUCAUCAGAGUUUAGCUUCAUCAUCCUCUCAGAAUCAUCAGACCCAGUCUUUGAACCCUAGCCAGCAGUUCUCGCUACUGGUGUAUAACCAUGGAGACAAUACUUUCUCUCAGAUCCCAGUCUCUGCAUCAAAUCUCAGUCAGGAUCUCUCAGCGCUACUUCAAGAAUCU